GUGUCCUGGCAGUGUGGAGUGUCCUGGAUGGGCUCUGCUCAGCCCCCUGCUGGCAGAGAAACCCCCACAGACACCGCAGGCCUGGGGGUCCUCGCUAGUGUCCUGCUCUCCAGCAGGGGGGAUUGGCCAGGAGAGGUUAGGCUGAGACAUUUUGGGAGAGUUGAAGAAGGUGCUUGGGCUGUGGCAAUGGGAGGUCUGCGAGCAAACAGGGUGCAGCUAGCGAGGACGGGCGAACGGGAGGGCCGGGCAGAGGCUCUGUCACGCGGUGAGGCGAGGAGUGUCUCGGCACUUCAUGUCUCUUGCCUGGCAACACCACAGGGACCGGACAUUCUGAAUCUUCCCAGACCCGCUCUGAGAACAUAGGCAGCCACCGCAUCUUCUCAGGAAAGCAAAGCGAGUCUACUCUACCCUCACAGUCCAAGCCACUGUGGUCAGCCGGGAAGCCGCCCACUGCCCCCGACAGCUUUCGUUUUACCUAGGUUGCCCUUGGCACAGAGCUGGCCUGUAGGCAUGUGUGCACAGGUGUGUCCAUGUGACCGGCUUCCCCACACAUGUGCCAGGUGCCCAGCACCCCUGCCAGGUGGCCUCACUCUGCCCUCUGCCCAGGAAAGCAGGAAGGCCCCGUGGUGGCGGCUGCACACAGGACAGGCCUCGGGCCCCACGACACCUCCCACGUCCGGUGUGGGGCCAACUCCGUGUUAGUUGCCUGCUGGUUGGGGUUAGCUCCUGCCGCCCUCAGGGCUCCUGGAAGGUGUCUGCCGUUCAGGAGGUCAGCACAGCCUCCUGUUGCCAUGACAGCCAGCUGCUUUAAAACGCCCCUUUGACCUGCAAACCACGUGCCCAGUGUGGUGUGAUCCGCGAGACACUUUGGAAAUGGCUGAGGACGAGGCAGGUGUAUUAGGAGGGUCAGUGAACUGGGGCCCAAACCUGGUUUGAGAGGGGAGUGCUGGGGGCAUCCGGUAGGAGGAGGGGCAGGAGGGAGGCCUGGGCCUGGCCGCCCCCCAGCCCCCUCUGGGGCACCCGUCUGAGUUCUGCCGCAGUUAGUACAGGAAUGUAAUGAAGUGCGAGGUGACAGAGUCCCUGCUCCGGGGACACCGGCAGUGCCGCGAGGCAUGGAGCGGGGGCUACUUGCCCCCUUGCACCUUCUGGUCGUAGGUGCCUGCAUGCUUGUAGCCGGACACAUAGCCCGACUCGUCCACCAGGUCCACGCGGCCAGCCUUGCCCUUGCCUUUGCCAGAGGGGUCGAAGCGCUCCUUGUGGGAGCCCGUGAACUUGGUGGUGUCCGUGAGCCUCGACACUGUGGGCGACGAGAUGGCUUUCUGCAAGAGGAGCAGGAGAAAGGGGGCAGAUCUACCACAACUAACCCAAAGUGGGGUUUUUCAGUGUUUAAAACAAGAGAUCCUGUGGAUGAGGCUCAGCUCUGCAAAAGGCACCUGCAUUUCAUCAGGGAAGCCUCCGGACAGCGCGAGAAAGGCUGCACCCAGGAGGCCAAGCAUUCCGAGGGCACUCCCAGCUGCAGAAUCCACAGUGACCAAGAGUCAGGAGACAAAUGACCCAUAAAACCCCAGCAAGCCUUUCCAGAAGUCAGUGAGCAGAGGGCCUAGAAUAGCCAAAACGAUUUCAAGAAAUGAGAACAGAGUCAGAAGACUGACUACCCAACUCCAAAGCUCAUUGAGGCUUGACUGCAAAGCGGCAGCGACGUGGGCACGGGCACGCGGCCAGCCCCGCAGCCCAGGGGGAGUCUGGCUCAGCCACACGCGUGCUGCCCCCCGAUGUCUACAGGUGCAGAGGCAAGCCAGAGAGAAAGGACUGUUUCUUCCACAAGUGGAGCUGGAGCAACUGGUGAUCCCUGUGCAAAUUAAAAUGCACUUUGGUCUAUACUGCACACUAUAUACAAAACUAACUCAAAAUAGAUGAUGGUCCUAAUUAGGAAACUAAAACAAACUUCUAGAAGAACACCAAAGAGAAGAUCUCUGUGACCUGGGGUUAGGCGAAGAUUUCUUAGAAAUGGCAACAAAACAUGGCCUAUAGUGGAAAAAAUGGCUGAACUGGACUUCAUCAAAACGUUCGAAACUGUGCUCUCAGAAGACACCGUUAAGGGAAUGAGAAGACAAGCCACAGACUAGGAGACAUGCCUGAGAAAGGACUUGUCUCUGAGAUACGCAAAGGAACCUUAAAACUCAGCAGUAAGAAAAAAAAUCCAUGUGAAAAGACGGGCAGAAUAUUUGAAGUAGACACCACCAGAGAAGACACGUGCAUGCAGACAAGCACACGGAGAGGGGUCCGCGUGGGCGCCUUCAGGGAAGUGCCGACAAGCACGCGGAGAGGGGUCCGCGUGGGCCCCGUCAGGGAAGUGCCGACAAGCACGCGGAGAGGGGGCCGCGUGGGCGCCUUCAGGGAAGUGCCGACAAGCACGCGGAGAGGGGGCCGCGUGGGCCCCGUCAGGGAAGUGCCGACAAGCACGCGGAGAGGGGUCCGCGUGGGCCCCGUCAGGGAAGUGCCGACAAGCACGCGGAGAGGCGGCCGCGUGGGCGCCUUCAGGGAAGUGCCGACAAGCACGCGGAGAGGGGGCCGCGUGGGCCCCGUCAGGGAAGUGCCGACAAGCACGCGGAGAGGGGGCCGCGUGGGCCCCGUCAGGGAAGUGCCGACAAGCACGCGGAGAGGGGGCCGCGUGGGCCCCGUCAGGGAAGUGCCGACAAGCACGCGGAGAGGGGGCCGCGUGGGCGCCGUCAGGGAAGUGCCGACAAGCACGCGGAGAGGCGGCCGCGUGGGCCCCGUCAGGGAAGUGCGGACAAGCACACGGAGAGGGGUCCGCGUGGGCCCCGUCAGGAAAGUGCCGACAAGCACGCGGAGAGGGGGCCGCGUGGGCGCCGUCAGGGAAGUGCCGACAAGCACGCGGAGAGGGGGCCGCGUGGGCGCCGUCAGGGAAGUGCAGAUGGAAAACACAGCGAGGCCCCUGCGCACUCUCCAGGGGUCUCAGACAAACUGCCGGCACCUCGAACUGAGCAGGCCGCGGGGUAGGGGGCGUGCUCGUCGCCGAGCAACGCGGCAGAGCCACUGUGGACAGCUUCUCAUCACAGCCAAAGGCGGCCCAGCAGUCCCGUUCCUGGGUCCUUGCUCAAGAGAAAUGAAAACAGAGGCUCACACAUAAACGCAAAUGUUUACCACUGUUCUGCUCGCAGUCACCAAACCCCAAACAAUCCAGUGCCCUUCAGCA